GAGAGCAAUGAACCAAACCAACAACCAACGGAAGACGACAGACAUGGAAAUAACUCCACCAAUACGUGGACCAAACAAAAAAAAUCAAUGGAGGAACUCUAUCAAGUAUCAAGAUCAACAUCACAAAAUCCCUUACCAUCACCAAUUUUGAUCGAUUUCUUCGCUGUGAAGGAAACGGGCUUGUUAUUACGCUAAUUUCUUCCACCCCAAAUCGUGCCCACCAAGAUACAGACAUGGAGGAACCUUUGAUUUCAGAAAAUCGAAGUGAUUUGGGAGAUAGAGGGAGGGAUCAGUUGAAUCCUUAUCAGUACUUGAGAACAACAGGCUCUGCGAACCCUACCGAUUCAUUUGCAGGAACCCAAGUUAGCGUCGAAGAAAUUCGAUCGGCGCCUAAUAUUUCUAAUUAUUACCCGCCUUCUCUUCAUGGCGCAUUGGUUAGUUCGCCAGAGCCUGAUCCUAGAGAUCAAGGGCUCUUUUAUCAAGGUGGAUAUGCAGGAGAGUCUGCUCGAACCAAUAAUGAUUUUGGAAGACAAAUAUUGGAUGAAGUAGAGAUAAGAGAACUGCUUAUUGAUCAUGUUGGUCAUCGUUGUUGCUGGGGAAGUCGCCCUGCUCGUAGGUGGAAGAUUAGUGCUGUGGAAGACUGUAAUGUUUAUGUGGGAACUCUGGAUACUUUUAUUGAGGAAAGGGAUGUUAUAAAAGAGACUGAGCCAUGUAGAGGUGGCUCGAUUGAUGGAAGAAACAAUGGACCUGAACUUGGAAUCUGGGAAUUGGAUUUGAAAUCUGAGUUCCCACUUCUUUUUGUACCUUCUAAAGAAUCAAGGAAAAGAAUUCCUCAUUCAGAAACCGUCGAGAAGUGUUCAGUCUGUGCAGGACGAGGAGAUCUUGUAUGUCCGACAUGUAACGCAGAUCAAGAACCUGGGUUUUAUGUUGAAAAUCAUAUGGUUCAAUGCCCUUCUUGUUAUGGUCGGGGUUUGAUUGCUCAUAGAGAUGGAUCUGACACCAUAUGUGCAAAAUGUGAUGGCAAGGGAAAACUUCCUUGUGCAACCUGCGGAUCUCGUGGCCUGAUUAAGUGUGAGACAUGCCAACAUAGUGGUUCUCUUCUGACUCGGAGUAUCGCGGUGGUUAGAUGGAGGACACUUUCAACUCGAAAAGUAAGGGCUAUGAGUGGAGCAGCAUCUGUACCCGACGAAGUGUUCCACAGAGCCAAAGGAGUCCAGUUAUGCAACACACAAGCCUAUCAAUGUACUCCAGCUUUCUUUGCAGAUUUCUUCUUCCUCAACAAGUUCUCUUCUGAAGUCAUAGCAGACCGAGCACCUAUCUCUCCCACUGCACGUGUCAUAUGCGAACGACAUAUUAUCUCAGUUGUACCAGUGACCCGUGUCACAAUGGCUGACCGUGGAAAGUUCUUCAGUUUCUACAUUGUUGGUUUGAGUAAGGAAGUUUACUUGAAGGAUUACUACCCUUCAAGAUUCUGUUGGGGGCUGUGUCCUUGCUUGGAGUGGCUGAAGGUGUAAAGAAAAGAAAACCACAUGGCUGCUGCCAGUUCGUAGAUUUGUAUUGUGAUUCUGAAUUCUCAUAAUGGGGUGGCUUCUCUUCUUUCUUUCUUGUGUAAUUUUAUUUACUUUGGCAUUGUUGCCUUCUGUCAUGGGUUAUCUUUUUGGCCAAGCCUUUAACUUUCUUUUGCUUUGUGCUUUUCAGAGUGAGUGCGAGAACUCUCUCUGUUUUGCUUUGCUUCAAAGUUUGGCUUCAUAUAUAUCACUUUCACUUCUCUUUCAAACUAUA